AUGGAAUAUCUUGUCCAUAGAACUCAUAUGUCAUCCUGUCGAGUAGAUAAGCCCUCUAAGAUAGUAGAUGUCAGAGACAAAAUGUGGGUGAAGCUUAUUGGCCGAGAGAUGAAAAAUGAUAGGAUAAAAGUAUCCCUCUCCAUGAAAAUUGUCAAGCAAGGGACUGGAAAAGACCUGGAUCCCAACAACGUUAUCAUUGAGCAAGAAGAGAGGUGGAGACACUCCUUCCAGGAUUACACUGGGCAGAAGAUCAUCCUUGAGGCUGUCCUAAACAUUACCUGCAAGAAGUGUGGCUGUAAAGGCCACUUUGCAAAGGAUUGUUUCAUGCAGCCAGGUGGGACCAAAUACUCUCUGAUACCUGAAGAGGAAGAGGAAAGGAAGAGGUAA